AUGCGAUCCUUCCCCUCAGUUCUGAGCGCUGUCAUCCUGGCCAUCUCAGGGGCUCGUCUCGUGCAGGGAUUGCCUGCGCCUGAAACCAGCGCUACCGCCUUGCAAGAGCGAGCCGACGGGGCUGCUGGUUUCCUUUCAGCCACUUUCCUCGGCGACGUGCCUCACGUCUUCCUUCACUACUCCAAGGCCGAUGCGCCUGUCACUUUCAGUGCCGUGUCAGGCUCCAAGGGCGAGUUGAUUCCCACGCUUGGGACGGGAGGCGCACGCGAUCCUUACAUCUUCCAGAACCAAGUCAAUGGAAAGUUCUACAUCCUCGCCACGGACCUGGACAUCGGCAAGACCAACUGGGGCGAUGCCCAGUCGCACGGCUCGCGUAGCAUCCACGUGUGGGAGUCGAGCGACGGUGUCAACUGGUCGACCGAGCGACUGGUGGAGCUGAUGGGACCCACGGCCGGAUACGUGUGGGCGCCGUCUGCCACGUGGGAUCCUGCCGCCAACGCGUACGCCGUGUUUUGGUCGUCGCAGACGUACGCAGGCUCGGAUGCCGAUCAUACCGGCGCUGCCGAGGGUCCGUUCGUGUACUACUCGCACACGACGGAUCUGAUCAACUUUACCACGCCGCAGCGAUGGGAGAGUGCCAAUUUUGGAAACAAGGUGAUUGACCAAGAGGUCGCCGAUCUGGGCAAUGGCAACCUGGUACGAUGGUACUCGGAUGUCAGCGGGGGCACGGGAGUGGUGAUGGACAAGACGUCAGAGGGCCUCUUCGGCACGUGGGAGCGCAUCGGCAAGCCGGUCGAUGUGGUGUGGGAGGGACCUGCGAUCCAACGUGACAUUGUCAACCCUUCCAAAUUCUACUUGUGGGAGGACAACUACGGCGGACCUGGCUACUCGUGCUUCCAGACGACAGAUCUCUACACCAUCCCGUACGCCGCCUGCGACCCGGCUCUCUCUCCUUCCGGCAUGCGCCACGGGGCUGUGGUGCAGGUGGACCAAUCGGUGCUCUCCGGCCUCGAGUCUGCUUGA